AGAUUACUUCUGUAACUAGAUCUCUGGUUUGCUCAACAAAGCACGAUGUCCCGAUCCCGACAACCCCCUCUUGUGACAGGCAUCUCUCCAAAUGAAGGAAUACCAUGGACAAAGGUCACAAUUAGAGGAGAAAACCUGGGGACUGGCCCAACUGACCUCAUAGGUUUGACAAUUUGUGGACAUAAUUGCCUCCUGACGGCAGAAUGGAUGUCUGCAAGUAAAAUAGUAUGUCGAGUGGGACAAGCUAAAAAUGACAAAGGAGACAUUAUUGUCACAACCAAGUCAGGUGGCAAAGGAACCUCAACAGUGUCUUUCAAGCUACUUAAACCUGAAAAAAUAGGUCUUUUGGAUCAGUCUGCUGUGUGGGUUGAUGAAAUGAAUUAUUAUGAUAUGCGUACUGACAGGAAUAAAGGAAUUCCCCCCUUGUCUCUGCGUCCUGCUAAUCCGCUUGGCAUUGAGAUUGAAAAAAGUAAGUUUCCCCAGAAGAACUUAGAAAUGCUGUUUCCUGGAAUGAGUGCUGAUUUUACAAGUGAGAAUUUUUCAGCUGCCUGGUAUCUUAUAGAAAACCACUCAACCACCAGUUUUGAACAGCUCAAGAUGGCAGUUACCAACCUGAAGAGACAGGCUAACAAGAAAAGUGAAGGCAACCUGGCAUGUGUGAAAGGAGGUCUGAGUACUUUCUUUGAAGCCCAGGAUGCCCUCUCAGCUAUCCAUCAAAAACUAGAAGCGGAUGGAACGGAAAAAGUAGAAGGAUCCAUGACGCAAAAACUGGAGAAUGUUCUGAACAGAGCAAGUACUACUGCGGACACAUUAUUUCAAGAAGUAUUAGGUCGAAAGGACAAGGCAGAUUCCACGAGAAAUGCACUCAAUGUGCUUCAGCGAUUUAAGUUUCUCUUCAACCUUCCUCUAAAUAUUGAAAGGAAUAUUCAAAAGGGUGAUUAUGAUGUGGUUAUUAAUGACUAUGAAAAGGCCAAGUCACUCUUUGGGAAAACGGAGGUGCAAGUUUUCAAAAAAUAUUAUGCUGAAGUAGAAACACGGAUUGAAGCUUUAAGAGAAUUACUCCUGGCUAAAUUGCUUGAGACACCAUCGACUUUACAUGACCAAAAACGUUAUAUAAGGUACCUGUCUGACCUUCACGCGCUGGGUGAUCCUGCUUGGCAGUGUAUUGGCGCCCAACACAGGUGGAUCCUUCAGCUCAUGCACAGCUGCAAAGAGGGAUAUGUACAAGAUUUGAAAGGUACUCCAGGCCUUCACAGUCCCAUGUUGGAUCUGGAUAAUGAUACCCGUCCCUUGGUGUUGGGUCAUCUUAGUCAGACGGCAUCACUGAAGAGGGGCAGCAGCUUUCAAUCUGGUCGAGAUGACACAUGGAGAUACAAAACUCCUCACCGGGUGGCAUUUGUUGAAAAGUUGACCAAGCUUGUUUUAAGUCAGCUGCCUAACUUCUGGAAACUCUGGAUUUCAUAUGUUAAUGGAAGCCUUUUCAGUGAGACUGCAGAGAAAUCAGGCCAGAUUGAAAGAUCAAAGAAUGUAAGGCAAAGACAAAAUGAUUUUAAGAAAAUGAUUCAAGAAGUAAUGCAGUGUCUUGUGAAGUUGAUCCGUGGAGCCCUCCUCCCACUCAGCAUCCCAGAGUGUGGAGUGAGGCAGUAUGGAGGCUGGGAGGUGAAGUCUGAGCUCUCAGGACAGUGGCUUGCUCAUGUCAUCCAGACCAUAAGGCUUACUUAUGAAUCGUUGACUGCCCUUGAAAUUCCUAAUGACAUGUUACAGACUAUCCAGGAUCUCAUUUUGGAUCUCCGAGUACGUUGUGUGAUGGUCACAUUGCAACACACAGCAGAAGAAAUAAAGAGGUUAGCUGAAAAGGAAGACUGGAUUGUCGAUAAUGAAGGACUGACUUCUCUCCCAUGUCAGUUUGAACAGUGCAUUGUACAUUCUCUGCAAUCACUUAAAGGAGUUCUAGAGUGCAAGCCUGGAGAAGCCAGUGUCUUUCAACAACCUAAAACACAGGAGGAGGUUUGUCAACUAAGCAUCAAUAUCAUGCAGAUUUUUAUAUACUGUCUGGAACAGUUGAGCACUAAGCCUGAUGCAGAUGUAGAUACUACACAUCUUUCCGUUGAUGUUUCUUCUCCUGAUUUGUUUGGAAGUAUCCAUGAAGACUUCAGUUUGACUUCUGAACAGAGACUUUUGAUAGUCCUAAGUAACUGCUGCUACCUAGAACGUCACACCUUCCUAAAUAUAGCAGAACAUUUUGAAAAGCACAACUUCCAGGGAAUAGAGAAAAUAACACAGGUUAGCAUGGCCUCGUUGAAAGAAUUAGACCAAAGACUCUUUGAAAAUUACAUUGAGUUGAAAGCAGAUCCUAUCGUGGGCUCCUUGGAACCUGGAAUUUAUGCAGGCUAUUUUGACUGGAAAGACUGCCUGCCUCCAACAGGUGUCAGAAACUAUUUAAAAGAAGCAUUGGUGAAUAUAAUUGCUGUGCAUGCAGAGGUGUUCACUAUUUCCAAAGAAUUGGUACCUCGAGUUCUAUCCAAGGUGGUGGAAGCAGUUUCUGAAGAGCUAAGUCGACUGAUGCAGUGUGUUUCAUCCUUUAGUAAAAAUGGAGCAUUACAGGCACGGCUUGAAAUCUGUGCUUUGAGGGAUACUGUGGCUGUUCACCUGACGCCUGAAAGCAAGUCUAGUUUUAAACAGGCUUUAGAAGCCCUGCCUCAGCUUUCAAGCGGAGCAGAUAAAAAGUUACUGGAAGAGCUGCUGAACAAGUUCAAGAGUAGCAUGCACUUGCAGCUCACCUGUUUCCAAGCUGCUUCUUCAACUAUGAUGAAGACAUAAAUACCACCAAAAAAAGGGCAUUCUAAAGAUAACAAGUAAUAAAUUGUUACCACUUUAUUAAGUGCCCUAAAGGUAUUGGCAUAUAAAGCGUUAGGUUUGCACUCUCUCUCUUUUCCCCAAAUUGGUAGCUUAGAAAGAUGUUUGUAUAUGUUUUAUUUCAACCAAAAUGACCUUGCUUGAAAUGCCCAAGCAAUAACUUUUGUCAUUUUUAUUACAUUAGGCGCUAUAUGUCUUUAAGAUACCUUUAAAUAUAUAUAUUUUUAGCUAGAUGUUGCAUGAUGAAUGCUGCAGGAAGAGCUGCUUUUACAGGGAGUGCUUUGAGAUGGCAUGUGAUGUAACUAAGGCAUUUUUCAGUGUCUCUUAUAUUAGACUUUUAGUGUCUGGAGCUUCAAAGACACAUGGAGAUAUUGUUAAGAAGAUUUGGAAAGUUAUAUUUAGACAUCUUUGGAACUUUAAGUGUCCUAAAUUGUACAUCUGUACUUAAAAACUUUAUUUCAUACAAAUACCUCUAACUCUCCUAAUUCAAGUGGAGUUUUAGAAAAUUUUGCAGUUUGCCUAAGAAAAUUGGGGUACAUUAUUUGUGGUCCAGAUGUCCAUGAGUUAACUUUGUGUCUUGCUGCCUACUUUUUAUUUCUCACCAAGCUAAUAAACAUUAAGCACCUUUCGGUGUAGCUUUUCUUUGUCCCACUCACUCUUAAUUUAAUGUGUCUUUUCGUUUCAAUGCAUUGCCUGUCUCUGAGGAUCGAUUUGUUACUGUGGUGGAGCUUGGAUACCCCAGUAGAUGCUGGUGGAAAUAGCUACAGUCUUCACUGCCUCCCAAAGAACAAGCCAGGCCCUCUGGUGAUAGCUGGCCCUCCUGCCCACCCCUGUUCACUCCUGCCCCUCUGGCAAUGUCAUUUCUCUCCACCACUCCUUACCCUUUGAAGUAUCUUGCUCAGUAGCUAAAAGAACAUUGCUCUGGCAGAGUCUGUGUUUUCUGAAGAUUCAAAGACACUCCUCUGUUACCAAGCAGUAGGAACUGCUGAUGAACCUCAUGCCAUUUGUGUUACAUUUGCUGAGGACUUCGUUUACCAGAAUAGGUGCAGGGCACCGUGAUCUCUUUCAAAGGCAGCUUCCCCUACCUAACUUUAUCAUACCAUUCACUCAGAAAACUGAGUAAUUCUCUUAUCCAUUGGCUCUGUGUCAGGGUUCGCAAAUGUUUCUAUGGAUCUCACAGAAUCCCCCUUUUUAAGGCUGAAAUUAAUAUCUUUACUAAUGUAAGUAAUUUUAGAGUACAGUA